AUGACUGAUUACUCCUUCCAGCGAGCGGCGCUGAUGACUCUCUGUCUCUCUUGCAUUUUCUUUUUGCAUGAUUAAUUCAUUCCUCUCCUCCUCUUGUUUACUACGUACGGUACGUAUCUCUCGCAAACCGGCCAAACCUCUCAUCAGUUAAUCAUCAACCGACCAAUCAUCAAGGCGCAUUGGUCUUUAAUUCCUAUAUUCCUAUCGCUGCUGCUACUCCAGUCUCCAGCAGAUAGAUAGAUCCCCCGUCCAUCGGCAAUCAAGCACAACACAAUGAUUAAAUGAGAGCCUGGUUAAUUUGAUACCCAUGGUUUCCAAUCAAUUCCAACAAUAAUUCAUUCAUUCGCCCACUGCCACACAGCGAGCGCGCUCUCAGGCUGGGCUGUACGUAUAUAGGUCGCCCACAGGCAGCCCAGUGACUCCACUCCACCCACGCCUCCACCACAGAGAGCCGCAGCAGACUCGCAAGGGGGUAGUGUUGUGUACUCUGCGCUGUGCGGACGGCGGCCGGCGGCCGGCGAAGGAGAUGGAUCGCCUGCCCGAGUCGACCCGGAGCAUGAGGAAGUACGCGUCGGAGGCCGGCGGGCUGCGCGCGGCGCGGCAGGGCCCCCACGGGCGGUCGCUGACGGCGCGCACGGCGCACAGCAUGUCCACGACGGCGCUGCGCACCAAGUCCAAGUCGGCCGCGUCGCUGCUGCGCAGGGUGCCCUUCGCGCCGCUCCGCCCCGUCCUCGCCAACCUGCAGGAGGUGUUCCUCGGCACCAAGCUCGCCGUGCUAUUCCCCGCCGUGCCGCUCGCCAUCGCCGCCCAGUGCGCGCACUUCGGCCAGGUGUGGGUGUUUUCGCUCAGCCUACUCGGCCUCAUCCCCCUCGCCGAGCGUGUCAGCUUCCUCACCGAGCAGAUCGCGAUAUACACCGGCCCCACCGUGGGCGGCCUCCUCAACGCGACGUGCGGCAACGCCACGGAGCUCAUCAUCGCGCUCUUCGCGCUCAUGGAGGGCCAGAUCGAGGUCGUCAAGUGCUCCCUCCUCGGCUCCGUCCUCUCCAACCUGCUGCUCGUGCUCGGCACGUCCCUCUUCUGCGGCGGCGUCGUCAACCUCGGCUCCGACCAGCCGUACGACAGGACCCAAGCGGACGUCAGCACGGGCCUCCUCAUCCUCGGCGUGCUGUGCCAGUCGCUGCCGCUCAUGCUGCGCUACGCGGUGGGCGCCGGCGAGCACUCCGUCGCCGCGGCCACCACGGUGCUCGACCUCUCCCGCGCCUGCAGCGUCGUCAUGCUGCUCGCCUACGUCGCCUACCUCUUCUUCCAGCUCAAGACGCACGCGCAGCUGUUCGAGCCGCAGGAGGUGGACGACGGCUGCGAGGCGGAAGAGGACGAGCAGGCCGUCAUCGGCUUCGCCAGCGGACUCUUCUGGCUCGCCUUCAACACCGUGCUCAUCGCCAUCCUGUCCGAGUACGUGGUCGGCACCAUCGAGGACAUUACCCUCGGAGUAGCGUUGGGGUCGGCGACCCAGAUCUCCAUGUUUGUGGUGCCGCUGAGUGUCAUUGUAGCUUGGAUCGCGGGUAUUCAAAUGGAUCUUGACUUCAAGCUCAUAGAGACCGGCUCUCUCUUCGUCUCAGUAAUAGUGACAGCAUUCACCCUCCAGGAUGGUUCGUCACACUACCUCAAGGGGAUCCUUCUGCUGCUGUGCUACAUUGUGAUCGGUGCAUGCUUCUUUGUUACGAGGCAACCUGCAAGUAACAACAAUGGCGCUGGGCUGUCGCUGCCAACUGGCACUUUGAGUGCACAAGCUGCAUGAUGGUUCAAGGGUCCUGCCUGAGCCUGAACAAAUGAGCAUCCAAGGCAGCAACGCAGUUGUGAGUCUGAAACAAUGCCGUGCAAAGGUUGAUGCUUUCAGAAGCGGUGAAAUCUCAGCCGGUGGCUCAGUGCUAUGGGAGAAAUGAAGGCUAGCUGCUGUUGCAAUAAGGGUAGCGAAUUUGCAUCCGGUCUAUGUAUAUGAUGCUGUGUUGUUUCAUUUAUUAUACAGCUUAAUAAGAUAUAUGCAGAGGGUGGAUUUGUAUAUA